UAUACAAAAUAAUGAAUACUUGUGUCACCGAUUCCGUGACACCCAUUACUACUAACACCCGUUCAGUAAACCAUUUCUCUGAACUACAACUAAAUGAAAUGCAAAACGUGAAGAAUGAGUUGAUAUCGAUUCCAAUGAUUGAUACCGAAAAUACUUAUCAAUCGACUAUUAAUUGGCCACAAAAUGAUGAAACAGUUCAACAAAAAAGUUAUUAUUAUCCCCCAGUCUUGCAAUCAAUGGGUUAUCAAAAUGUUUCGCAUUUGUCUAAUGAUUAUAAUACCUGUCAAACGACUUAUACUGAGAGUACAAUUGAAUAUCAAAAUUAUGCAAACAAUGAAAUGAAUGAUCAAAAUCAAAGAAUGACAAUUCAAGACAACUAUUAUAACUCAACAGAUGUGUCGAAAUGCAGUGCAAUGAUGGACACGGAAUCAACCAGUGAUGGUAUGACAUCAAUGACAUCUAUACCAUCCAAUUGUAUUCAUACAUAUAAUUCAAUUAUAAUGAAUUCGUUGAACUCAUCGAUAAAUAAGCAAAAUAUUCAGUUUAUGAAAACCAUUGAGUUCUUGAGGACCACGGAUUUGCUUCAUCUCACACUACAAACGGCUGAUUUGAUGUAUAAGAAUCUGGAGAUUCAAAAUGAUAUCAAUGCCACCAAACAAUUGCUAUCAUUGUAAGGAUCAAUGAAAAUGCGAUAAUUUUUUCUGUUUAUUUCAGGACUGAAAAUGUUUGGUAUUAUGAAUUUGGCAUAAGAUAUAUAAGUAAUAUAAAACAGUUUAAUCUAUGUAUUAGAUAAUCGCAAACAAUUUGAUAAAAAUUUCAAAAUGCCAUCAAAUGG